AUUCCUCAAUCGAAACUUCCAAGACACAUCUCAAACAUAAUCAUGUCUUUUCCUACAAAUCAACACUCUUUACACCCUCAGCAAUUCAAACAUUUUUUCUUCAAUUCAUUCUAAACAACAAACAAAAAAGAAAAGUUCAUUUCAGCUGAUUUGAAAAUGGAAAACCUGUAUCAAGCCGCUGUUUCAGUUGAUUGGGAUAAAGAAUCUUUCCCAGAGUAUCAAGAUUUGAUUUUUCUCAUCUUUUUUGCUCUCUUCUUCCCCGUCGUUCGAGUCAUAUUCGACAAAUUUGUUUUCGAGGCGUUGGCUAAGCGCAUGAUCUUUGGAGCGAAAGCGAUUGUAAAUAUCAAUAGUCGUAUAGAAAGGAAGAAGAUCAACAAAUUCAAAGAGUCAGCAUGGAAAUUCAUAUAUUUUCUAUCUGCUGAGUUACUUGCACUUUCUGUGACUAUUAAUGAGCCUUGGUUUACAGAUAGUCGAUAUUUUUGGGCAGGACCUGGAGAUCUGGUUUGGCCUGAUCUGAAAAUGAAAUUAAAGCUGAAAUUAUUGUACAUGUAUGCUGGAGGGUUCUACUUAUACUCCAUAUUUGCAACGCUUUAUUGGGAAACAAGACGCUCUGAUUUUGCUGCUCAAAUUGUUCAUCACUUAACAACAGUAACACUCAUCGUAUUGUCUUACAUAUUCGGGUUUGGGCGUGUUGGAUCAGUGGUUUUAGCUAUUCAUGACGGAAGUGAUGUACUUAUGGAAAUUGCGAAGAUAUCAAAAUACAGUGGCUUCGAUAUGAUUGCUGAUAUUUUCUUCUGUCUUUUCGCGUUGGCUUUUACAUUACUUCGUAUAAUCUGCUAUCCCUUCUGGGUAAUCCGUAGCACUUGCUACGAACUUUUCUUCAUAGUAGAUGUGCAGAAGGAACGGACUACUGGAAUCAUACUUUACGUUGUGUUCAAUGCAAUGCUGAUAUGCUUGCUGGUUCUUCACAUAAUUUGGUUUAGACUCAUAGUACGGAUGCUUGUGAACCAAAUCCUAUCGGGCCAUGUUACUGAUGACGUUCGAGAAGAUUCUGAAUCAGAUGAUGAGCACGAAGACUGAUCCUUCAGUAGCUAAGAUUGAAAGCAUGAUUAUGUCGAGGCUGAGGGUCGAAGCAUUCAAAUAUUUUGUAUUUCUUGUAGAGGCAGCAUCAAUUUAUGUUGAUGAACAAUUAAACAUAGUUGACUAUAGCUAAAUUCUUUAUUCCUGGCUC